AUGCUGUUGCUACCGCUAGUGGCGGCCGUGGACGCCUUUCCGUACACUCCUACGGACUACUACACGCUUCUCGGCCACGAGGGCCUGCCUUUGGGAAACGUGGCGCCUCACGCUGUUGAAAAUCUCGAAAAUCAGUAUUUGACCGUGGAUCACACUGCAAAGACCGUGUCGAUGUCGCCGUCGCUCGACACUUUUGAAAAAAGAAACGAGGCUGUGGCAAAAAUGGCCCAGACGUGGCGCCACAGGGAUCCAAUUGUGGCAAAAGGCUGGCGUGACGAACUCUAUGUGGUCUACAAUCCGUCUACAAAACCGUACUUUCUCAUUGAAAGAGCGUUUUCGAGCAUUCUAGGGGUCGUCACGUACGGCGUCCACAUCAACGGGAUUGUGAAAACCGCCGAAGGAGUCAAAAUGUGGGUUCCUAGGAGAUCCCAGACCAAGGCGACAUACCCAGGCAAACUAGACAACACCAUAGCGGGCGGCGUCGCCCAUCCGUUGGGACUUUGGGAAAAUGUCAUCAAGGAGUGCUACGAGGAGGGCGGUUUGGAGCGGGAAUUCGUGGAGCUGAGGAUCUCCUCGGCUGGGGUUGUGUCGUAUUUGUGUCUACCGUAUGGCCCCGGAGGCCACGCUCAGCCGGAAGUCGAGUAUAUCUACGAUUUGGUUUUUGACUCGGAGGACCAGAAGCCGUCGCCUGUGGAUGGCGAGGCCGAGGAUUUCAGGUUGAUGGGUUUGGACGAGGUGCUUGAGCGGAUGAAGGCUGGUGAGUUCAAGCCCAAUUGCACGUUGGUGAUAAUCGACUUUUUGAUCAGACACGGCGUGAUCACGCCCGAGACGGAGCCCAACUACUUGGAGAUCGUGCAGCGUAUCCACCGGAGGUUUCCUUUUGCCACGAUGAACUAG